AAAAUUUCAAUGCGCCCACUGCGAAACACCAAAAGUUUAUACCACUUCGACCUUGCGCCGGCCGAAUUGAAAACUUGAUAGCGAGCUGAGCAAAGCUUGCAGGACGGUUAAUCAAGAUGGUGAACCCGGGAAAGCGGAUGCACAUACUGCAAGCCCUACUGGCAUUACGGCAUGGCCCGGGAGCAGCGAUAUUACCACCCGAGAUCACGCGGAUACAUAUGGACUUCGCAUUGAAGUGGAAUGACGGACACAUGGGACCGAGGAAAUUCUGGAAGACCUGUCUCCCACGUCUAAAAUUCUGGAACCCUGCGAUACCUAUGCUCGUAAACCGAACGCCAGAUCAAUCAGCCCCGGCCAAGAUGUCCAUCUACUUCCGACAAGCCUCGCUGGACUCCGAUACCCCUUCCGCUCUAACCACCAAGCUUAGCGAGCUGCCGCUAGCACGACAACCGCACUCGAGCACGUCGAACGAACACCCAGCACCCGAGCCCGAGGAAGGUGAGCGUGUCGUGACGAUAGACAUGAAAAACGUGCACUCGGACGAGAUCCUCAACGAAUUCAUGACCAAGACGGGCGCUACUCUCGUCCACCCGACACCCGACGAGCAGGUCGAGAUGCGGCAAAUCGAGGAACUUAAGGAGAAAGCUGCCAUCGACCGAUCAAUCAUGAAGAAGCACAUCGACGAUAUUAAGCGCGAGGAGCGCAUACUGGCUAUAGCUCGCCAAGAAGCCGAUGCUAUCAAGAUGGCCAACGAGUAAAGAUAACCGGGGACCACUAAUUUCUCUCUCUCCCCCUGUCGUCUUCCCUAUCUAUUUUAGGCCGGAUAAAAAUUUUUCUGCCCCAAUAAAAGAGGUGGCCGAUAUGUAUAAAAGCUAGCCGAGAGCAAGCUACAACAACAACAACAAACCUUUCGAGAGAACCUCCUUUUAUGUUCGACUCGUCGCUCUACCUGUACCAAGACGUGUAUCAUACGCAGACGAUGCUGGGCGCAUAAAAACGCAGGGGAUAUAUAUGUAUAUCGAGAAAGGAAGUAUAUACCGCGCCUCUGCAAGAAGGCGGCGUCCAUGAUGGGAUGUCUACCUUACCUAUCAGGUACUCAAUGAAUAAAAAUAACAAUCAGAAGACAUGCAUGGUCUUUUUCUCUCUCCUCUACUUCCCUUCCUAUACCCCAGUUUUCACUUAUACAAACUCCUUGCAUACACUCUGAGAUAUCUGCCCUGAUCCCCAUGGCUUAUCUCAAUUUUGCGUCAAGGAAGAUCGAUCAUGACCACAUCCUAUUCCCCGUGACCUCCUUUGCCCUAAAGGUACAUGGUUUAUCUUGUUGGCCUACACUUCAUUUUACUAGAGAUCUGGAAUUGCUUGAAAGUAUAGUGUACCA